GCUUGCACUCAUUCACAGAAGAAAUAAAACACUUCUGUGGGGUUGUUUCUUUCUGGACUGUUAAAAACAUUGUUGAUAAAGAGAGCUAUUGAAACAGAAUAACCGUAUACAUUAGUUGUAUUGCAGUAGAUCUAGUUACUGGUUGUGUCCGUUUUUUGUUUCGAUAUGUUUCAAUGUAGUUCGUGAGCUGUUCAGGUGACUAGGAAGUCAACAGUUGUCAGAGAAGGUAAAUAAUAUAAUUACCAUUGGUUAAAAAAUAUUUUAGACAUUUUUGUGACAGUCCUUAUUUAGGCACCAUGCACAGAAGAGGAGUCGGAGCUGGAGCGAUCGCCAAAAAGAAACUCGCAGAGGCUAAGUAUAAAGAGAGAGGUACUGUCCUUGCUGAGGAUCAGAUUGUACAGAUGUCAAAACAGUUGGAAACCUUUAAGACCCAUUUGGAGCAGUUUGCCAGCAAGCAUAAACAAGAAAUCCGUAAGAGCUCUCAGUUCAGAGUGCAGUUUCAAGAGAUGUGUGCCACCAUUGGAGUUGACCCACUUGCAUCUGGAAAAGGAUUUUGGUCUGAGAUGCUUGGUGUUGGAGAUUUCUACUAUGAGCUUGGCGUGCAGAUUAUUGAAGUCUGUUUAGCUCUAAAACACAGAAAUGGUGGCUUAAUCACACUGGAUGAACUUCAUCACCGUGUUUUAAAAGGAAGAGGGAAGUUUGCACAAGAUGUUAGCCAAGAUGACCUGGUGCGGGCCAUAAAGAAGCUCAAGGCAAUGGGAAAUGGCUUUGGGAUGAUUCCAGUUGGAGGCUCUUAUCUAGUCCAGUCGGUACCAGCAGAGCUGAACAUGGAUCACACCGUUGUCCUUCAGCUAGCAGAGAAAAAUGGCUAUGUGACAGUGAGUGAGAUCAGAGACAGUCUCAAGUGGGAGAGAGAACGGGCCUGUCAUGUGCUUGAUCACCUGCUGAAAGAGGGCUUAGCAUGGCUGGACUCCCAAGCUGCGGGGGAGCCACAAUACUGGCUGCCUGCUCUGUUCUCUGAGCUCAUAUCACAAGACGUAAUGCCUGAAGAGGCCAGCCAGAUGACAACUUGAGAAUAAGAAGUUAUUUUGUAAACACAGGGUCAUGGUGAAGGGAAAGUACAGAACUAGGGUCAAAGAAUGUUAGUAAAUGUGCUGAAUUCACAUUGUGUGAGCUGGGCUUGCUUAAAGUGAAAAUGGAGAAUAAAAGCAUCAGCUUCGUCAAAUUUCUCACAACACUGUCUUAAUAUGUUUUUGAUGUUCAUUAUUAAUAUCCAAUUAACCAAUGUGGAAAAAAUACACUGUGUACACAUAAUUACAAUGUAGUUUUGUUUAUUUUAAUGUACAUCUGUAUUACAUCUUAUAUUUCUUUAUUUUUAUGUUUUGUUUUUUUAAAUGGAUAUAAGAAAAACUCCUUGACAUGAAUUGAAGGGCCCAUCAAUCCAUUAAUAAAUGUACUUAAAAUAGUGA